GCGCACAUCGGCUCGCCACGGCGCCCUGCCAUUUGCCGGGCGAAUAAAGUUGGUUGCGUUUGAACGCGCCGAGGUGCGUCACUGCGAUGGCGGCGAGCGGGGUGACCACGGUGACGGUGCUGGCCCCGAAUGGGAGGCGGCAGCAGGUGAGGGUGGCGGCCGGCACCCCGCUGCUACAGGUUUUAGAAGAGGUGUGUAGAAAGCAAAAUUUGGAUCCUGAAGAAUAUGCUCUCAAGUUCCAAAGAACAGUUUUGGAUUUGUCACAGCAGUGGAGAUUUGCCAAUGUACCUAACAAUGCUAAAUUGGAGAUGGUUGCAGCUACACGUCAACGUGUUGGAACAGAGAGCAAGGUUCGUAUUGCUUUGCAGCUGGAAGAUGGAUCCAGACUUCAACAUCUCUUUCCAUCUAGUUUGACGCUGUGGGAUCUUCUUCAUCACUUUCCUCCGACCAGGGUUACUGAACAGCAGCUGUUGGAAGCUAUUCCAGUCUGUGUUUAUAUGAGAGAUGAGAUAGCUGGAGAAUCUGCACUAAAGAAAACCACCCUAAAAUCAAUUGGACUCACUGGCGGUAGUGCCAUAAUUAGGUAUGUUUUGAAGAAAUUCAGUGUGGAUGGACAAAAUGAACUUACGGAUUUGGCAGCAGUACCUGACGAGCAGCCAGUGAAUAAAUCCAACACCGUGUUGAUUGAGGUUGUUGAUGGAUCUCUAGCUGAGUCAGACUCCACUCAUUCUAUGGAUGACUCUGGCCCCAAUGGGUUGAUCACAGAGAUUAACUCAAAUGGAACUGUGGCAGUAUUUGCAGAACAAAAAGAACCAAGUAAGGAGGUUGAAGAAACUCUGCAAAGGAAAGAAGGGGGAAAGGAAUUGCCAGCUGAAGAGAUCAGAUCAGAGCCAUCAGAAAAGCCAAGUCAUGGUAGAGAAGAGCCUGCUGAUUCUGAGCCAGCUCCCCCACCAAAGUGCCCUGAAGAGUCAGACUCCAGUGUCUUGUCCAAAGAACAAAGUCAAGGUGCUGUCCUUACUGCAACUCCACUGGCUGGUCUGCAGCUGGGCCAACCAGAAAUAUAUAGACAUCAGUUUACCUCCGAUGAACCAUCAAAGGCGGCAACACCCUUUUCUAGUUUGGCUGGUCCACCACAUCCAAAGAAAUCGAAAACUAUUCAGUCAUCCCCAAAGAGCCCAGAUGAUAUUCGGCCACUGAAGUUGGAGGGCUCUGGUGCAUGCACAACAAGAGAAUACUUAAAGCCUGUUGACAGAGAGGCACUUGUUUAUCAUUUGGAUAUGAAAAGCCACCAUACACAAGAGGGACCUGAUUUUGAAGAACUACCUGAUGAAUUCUUUCAAGUUACGGUCGAUGAUGUUAGAAAACGGUUUGCUCAACUAAAAAGUGAAAGGCAGUUAUAUGAAGAGACUCCAUUGAUGACAAAAUCUAUGAGAGAAUCUCAAAUGAAGGAAAAGAUGGAACACUAUCCUAAGGUUGUUCUGAGAGUGCAGUUCCCUGACAGACACGUCUUACAAGGUUUCUUCAGACCUCUCGAAACAGUUGGGAAACUGAUAGAAUUUGUCAAGAUGCAUCUGAAAGACCCAGACGUUUCAUUUUAUUUAUUUAAUACACCACCUAAAGUACUUCUCAGUGACCCAACAGCCACAUUGUUCCAGGCAAACUUAUUUCCUGCAGCUCUUGUCCACUUUGGCUCUGAAGUUAGAAUGGAUUGCUACUUAUGUGAAGAGUUUGUGAAGUUGCCCUCCUCUGUUUCCCAGGCAGACCUCGCUGUAAACAGCUGUAUUCCCAGGUAUGCAACUCCUUCAACUAGUUCACUGACUUCCGAAGCAGCACUUCAACCCCUUGCUAGGAGCAGGGAAGAUGAUGAGAUGAGAAGAGAGGCUACGACAACUGCAGCUAGUUCUAAGCCAGUUCCCACCAACCCGAAUAAAGUUCCCAAGUGGCUCAAGCUGCCAGGGAAACAUUAGGAAGAGAGGAGGAGGCACUUCGGGAGCCACAGAUUAACUUCAAAGCGUGCAAGGCAAAUAACAUUGAUUGCUUCCCUGUGAAGGCACAUUUUUCUUGCUUGUUUUCUGAAGAAUUUAAUGAUCUGAAUUUAUUAAUCGUGUAAAAGGUUUGUUCCUAGAUUAGCAGGGCUUUUACAAUAAAACAAAUGGAAAUUCA